AUGAUAUCUCAAGGUACCAAUUAUGUCAUAUGGCGUUUUGUUUUGACCAUUGUGGUUGUUAUAUUUUUCAUUCCAAAACUUAGUUCUGCCAAAAAAUCCAAAUUAAUUGGUAUGAAUAUGAACAUGAUUGAUCGUUGUUGGAGGCUAAAUCCUGAAUGGGGGAGACAAAGACAACAAAUAGCGACUUGUUCUAUAGGUUAUGUUGGAAAGAUGACAAACAACAUUGGUAAAGACCUCAUACAAUAUGAAGUUACUGACCCAAAUGAUGAUCCUAUAAACCCUAAAAUAGGUACAUUGAGAUACGGAGCCUCUGUAAUUCAAGGUAAAGUAUGGAUCACAUUUCAAAAAGACAUGACAAUUAAACUUAUCAAACCACUUCUCGUUAGUAGUUUCACUACCAUUGAUGGUCGCGGUGUCAAUGUCCAUGUUGCUAAUAAUGCAUGUUUGAUGAUAUUCAAGACCACCAACAUAAUCAUACAUAGCAUUCGAAUUCAUCACUGUAAAGCUCAACUUCGGGGAUGGUGA